AUGGCCUUAUACUAUGACAAUAAUAACACACGAAUGUCAUUUCCAAUGUAUUUUGGGCAAAAUACGAAAUUUGGUGAUUGUGCAUCUACUCCAUUACAGAUGAUUAAUUUACAUGUUGAACAACAAGUAAAUGCAACAUUUCCACUCAUACAUCAAGUGGCAACAACAAUGACAUUUAAAAAUACUCACAAUCGACGAUUAGAAGGUGCACUUGAAUUUACAUUACCAGAAGCAGCUACAAUAUGUGGAUUUGGUCUUGAUGUUGAUGGUCGAAUUGUUGAUGGUGUUGUUGUUGAAAAAGAAAAAGCUCGUGUUACAUUUGAAAAAGAAGUUCGAAAAGGAGUUGAUCCUGGUUUUGUUGAGAUGGUUGCAGGAAAUAUAUUUCGUACAAGAGUGUAUCCAAUCGAAGCUGGUGGAACACGAAUUGUUCGUGUUAUUUAUCAAGAUCAAGCACAGAUCGAUAAUGAUAGUUUUCUUUUUCAUAUUCCAAUUUAUUUUACAACUACUCUUCAUAGUUUAGAUGUUAAAUUAAUUUGUUCAGAGAUUUCAAAUAACUCAAAACCAACAUUUGUUUCUAAGUGGAAUUCUAAUCAACAGUUUAUUCAAACAAAUGGUAAAUAUUGUUCUGAACUUCACCUCACCAAUAUUAAACCACAACGAGGCGAACAAUAUAUUUCAUAUAAAUUAAAAAAGUUCAGUGCAACACAAUCACUUUGUGGUGUAGAAAUUGAUAUUGAUAAUCCUGAUAAAGCUUAUUUUGCUUUAUGUUAUGCACCACCAUUAAUAUUAAGGAAAAAUAAUAUGUUUAAUUAUCGACAAACAAUAUCAAUUUGUAUAUUAUGGGAUGCAAGUUUAAGUCGAUUUAAUAUUGAAAAUCGUAAUUAUGAAAUUAAUAUACUUGAGAGAAUAUUAAAUAUUUGGAAAUCAAAAGGUAUUAAUAUUAAUUUAGCAUUGAUUGUCUUUCGAAAUGUAUUGGAAGAUCCAAAUAUAUUUCAAUUAUCUGAUCCAAAUGCUUGGUCACAAAUUCAUCGUAUUUUAACGAAUGUAUCUUAUGAUGGUGCAACAAAUAUAUUUCAAUUGGCUACUAUUCCAACUAUGAUUCCUUAUGUAACACAUUACUUUUUAUUUUGUGAUUGUCUAUCAACAAUUGGAAAUGAUGAUUCUAUUCUAUUGAAUAAUUUUAUUACGAAACCGAUCUGGAUCUUUAAUGCGAAUGUUGUCCAAGAUCCAAUUAAUUAUCCAUUAAUCAAUUAUUUAACAACUCUAAGUGGUGGUGGAUAUAUUUCACGUGAUAAAAUCAUUGAACAUAACAAUGCAAGUAAUAUUAUUGAAUGGAUUGAAAGUUUUCAAUCACGAUAUAAUAAUAUAGAUAUUGUUAAUAAUGGAAAUAUACAUAAUAUUUAUCCAAGUCAUUCAAUAACAUUAACACCAAAUACAAAACAAUUUAUACUUGUUGGAAAACUAUCUUCUUCAAGUUCAGCUAAAAUUGCAGUUAAUUUGACUAUUUCAGGUGUUAUACAUCGUCAAGAAUUUGAUAUACCACAAGCUAAUCGAUCAUCAGAGAACUUUGGUUUAUUACGUCGACUUUAUGCUAAACAAAUGCUAGCUGAAUUAACAGCAUUUCCUGAAAAAAAUAAACAACGAAUAUUAGAUAUUGGUAUGAAAUAUUCGAUUGUUAGUGAUUUAACAUCAAUUAUUGUAUUAGAAACUUUACAACAACAUAUUGAACAUAAAAUAUGUCCAUAUCGAUCACGAACUAAAUUAUAUAAUGAUUAUAUGAAAUAUCAACAAAACAAAAGUCAAGAAGAAAACGAAAAGAAACAAAAGAAAAUUACAGCUGUGUUAAAACUAUGGGCUCAACGUUGUCAAUGGUAUGAUAAAAUCAUCUCUGAAAAUGAUCGUACAAAAGCGUUCAAAACACACACUGAUAGUCAAAGAGGAGAAUAUUAUCAAUACUUCCCACCCCUAACCGGACGAUCUAGAAGUCCUGAUAGACAUGGCAUGAUAAACAUAGAAGACAACAGUUAUUUAUCACGAACGAAUAACUCAACAAUGUGCUCUUCGGAUGACAACGCUGAACCUUUUAUGUCGAGAUCUUCAAGUGUGAAUUACGAAUAUUCUAUGAUGUCAUCAAAUCAACGUCAAAGCAAUUCCAGUUGUAUGGCACCAUCAAUGGCUGUAGAAAGAUCUUCACCACCAAUGCAAAAUUCUUUAAGCCCAACUGGAACAUCUACUAACAAUGUUUUACCCACAAAUAAUAAUACUCAAACAAUUAUUGUACAAAAUUGGGAUCCACAAACUCCUUACAUGACUCAAAUUAAAUCAAGUACAAAUUCUCAAACAGCUUAUCAAAUUUAUUUAGAUGAACGUCAAUCUUAUUCAAAAUCACCAUCAUUUUACUUUGAUAUGGCUUCAUAUUUUCUCUCUCAAACUCAAACUUCUUCUUUAUCACAAUCAUCAUUGAUUGAUACAUUUAAUUCUCAACAUACUCUGAUGACUUCAAAAGUUGAUUCAACAAAAUCCAAUGAAUAUGAAUAUUAUGGUUUAAGAAUAUUAACAAAUGUAUUAGAAUUAGAAUUAGAAUCACCACAACUAUAUCGAACUGUUGGAUAUAAACUUUUGGAACUUGGUCUUUUUAAUUUAGCUGAAACUAUCUUUCGACAUAUUCUUAGAUUACGAUCGAAUGAACCACAAUCAUUUCGAGAUUUAGCAUUAUUAUUAGAAGAAUCUAAUACGAAUACGAAUCAUCUUGAAGAAGUAUCAGAUUUAUUCAAAAAAGUUAUUUUAGGUGAAUGGGAUAAUCGUUUUAGUGAAAUAGAAUUAACAGCAUUACAUGAAUAUAAUCAUUUUAUGUUUUCUUUUCAACAAGAACAACAACAAAUAUCAACCUCUAUUGAUAAUCGUUUAAUUCGUCAUUUACCUGUAGAUUUAAGAAUAGUUAUGGUUUGGGAUACAGAUAAUACAGAUGUUGAUUUACAUGUGAUUGAACCAACUAGUGAAGAAUGUUAUUAUGGCCAUAAGAAUACAAUGAUUGGUGGUACAAUUAGUCGUGAUUUUACACAAGGAUAUGGUCCAGAAGAAUAUUUGGUUCGAAAAGCAGUUAAAGGUACAUAUACAAUUCGAGCAAAAUAUUUUGCUAAUCACCAACAAAGUCUUACUGGUGCAACAACAAUUAUGGUUUAUAUUUAUAAAUAUUAUGGUCAAGUUAAUCAAGAAAAAGAAAUUGUUACAUUAAGAUUAAGUAGUAAUAAAGAAAUGAUCGAUAUUUGUAAAAUUGAAUUUAAUGAUGAUGAUAAGAUAAAAAAACAAAGUUUGAGUAAUAAUAUUCAUUCAAACGUGACUUGUGAUGGAUGUGAUAUGUCACCAAUCAAAGGUGAUCGUUAUAAAUGUUUAUUUUGUAUAGAUGUUGAUUUUUGUCAAUCAUGUAAAUCAACUAGUAUAACAAGAAAUGAACCCAAUCAUUCAUACAAUCAUCCAUUAUUAUGUAUUAAAGAUUCAAAUGAAUAUCCCAAUGCAGUUUACUUACAUAAUCGAAGUAAAAUGCGUCACACUAAUAUUUUAUGUAGUUCAUGUUUUAUGAAUCCAGUUGUUGGUAUUCGUUACAAAUGUUCAUGUGGAAUAAAUUUAUGUGAAAAAUGUGAAUUUAUUGGUUUACAUGAUCAAAAUCAUCGUCGAAUGAAAAUCACUGAAACAAAAUGA